ACAGAGCAUUUUGCUUGAGUUCUCGCUACAAUGAAUAAACUUGGCAUUCUGCCCCUCCAUUACAGUAGCUUCCAAGAGAAUUCAAAGCCAUUUAAGGUGAAUUUCCAUCAACUUUUAUGAGUUGAAUUUAGUCUUUAAUUCUGUAUUUAACACCCAAACACCGUUAGAAUUUAUAUUUGUCAAGAAAUUCUUCAAGAACUCAGAAAGGGGAAAAAGCUAAAGUUUUUCAAAUAAGGUAACACCACUACCCUAAACUUAUGAUUUGUGUAUAAAUAAACUUGUGGAUGAUGGGGUUGAGUAGGAAAUGAGAUUUAAUUAUGUUAUUGAGCAAACCUUAGAAUGGGUGUUCUUGAAUUGAUAGAACUUGGGGAAGAAGACGAUGAAUAGUACCUAUUGUGCUGAAUACUAUUCUUAAUAGUCUUGUUAGCUUAUGAAUCAUCGAGUAUUGAAUUAUCAAGCAUGAGUUAUGAAAGAGUUGAUGUUUCAGAUGGAAGGGAGGCCUAUAGUCAUUUUAUGAAUUCUAAUCUAGUUGAGAUGGAUUUCGUUGAGCUCAAAUUCAUAGCAAUUGAUUAUAAUUGAAUAGAUUGAGUUGACUCGGACAAAGCAAGGUAAGUUAAGAUGUACCUUCCUCUAAGGAGUUUUUGCUAAAUUGCUACAUCUUAUCAAAGUGGGCAUUAUCUUAGUCUCAGAUAUGCUUACUAUGUUUAAUGCUUCACAACUUAGUUUUCAGAUGUUUUGCAUUUAAAUACUAAUUGUUUCUUUUAGAUGCACUUACAAAUAUUGAUGUUAUUUUGCUAAACUACAAGUAUCCCAGAGUUUUAAAGACAUCGCUCAAAAACCUUUUUGGGAGGAGUCAAUGAUACUUACGGGAUAUGUAUUCUAUGAAAUUGUGCUCAGUUUCCUACAUGGGGCGACUUACUUGAUGUUUCAGAUAUUGUGUUGACAGCACGAGCUAGGCGUCUCCUCCAAUAUGUGCUUAUACUUUGGUGAGCCCCACUUCUUUUAUCGGUAUCAUGGAUGGAGAAACCAAGAAUCAGAAGUGUCAAUCUGAUCAAGCUUCCCCCAGAUAUGGAUUUAAUUGCUUACCUCAAGAAAUUGUUAUUGACAUAGCUUCCCGACUUCCCAUAACAUCUUUAGUCCCAUUCAAGUUUGCUUGCAAGUCAUUUCACAACUUGUUACAUGAUAAAAAGCUUGUGAAUUUGCACCUGUCUCGUGUGGCAAAGAACGAUCCUUGCAUUAUUUUUCACACAGAUAAUCCUUUAAGGAAACGACUCUACUUUCUUGAAUUUUCAGAUCAUGGUCGGGAAGAGGUUGUGAGGAAAAUCAGCACCCCUUUUGCAAACUCUGUGCCUGAAUUUAAGGUGGUCGACUCAUGUAACGGACUAUUGUGCAUAUGUACUUCUGCGUAUAGUGAUUCACUUUAUGUGUACAAUCCUUUUACAAGAGACUACAAAGAGCUACCUGAGACGGUAGAAUUUGGUGUGCAGAAAAUGAUUUUUGGAUUUGGUUUUCAUCCUGUUACCAAAGAGUACAAGGUGAUCAAGAUCAUAAAUUGUGCCAAUAUGUAUUUUAAUGACCACUGGCGCUAUCGUAGAUUCAGGGUUCCCUACACUGGUAAAUCAGAUAUUCAAGUACUUAGUCUUGGUAGCAACAGAUGGAGAAGUAUAGGGGAAGUUGAUUACCGUAUUGAUCCAAGUUCUCAAGGAAUUAUGUUAAAUGGCAAGAUGCAUUGGUUUACUCGAUUUGGGAUGUAUUAUGGACAUCGUGACAGGAUCAUCGUUUCCUUUGAUUUAGCUGAUGAAGUAUUUGGAGAGGUGCCAAAAAAUGAUUUUGAUGUAAAGCCAAGAAUUGGCAACUUUCAUCUAGCAGUUCUUGGAGAUUGUCUUGCUGUUGCUCUAACUUUGCCUCGCCAAAAUGGUGGAGGAAUAGAAAUUUGGGUAAUGAAAGAAUACAAUGUGAAAGAGUCUUGGGUGAAGGAGUUCAUAUUUGGAGCUUAUACACCAACUCCAAAUUUCGUCACUCAAUAUUUGCAACCAUUGGUGAAAGUUCUAUGCAUGUUAAAGAAUGGACAACUAUUGCUCGAGUACAAAGGCGGCAAUUUGGUUUUAUAUGAUCCUCAAAAUGGUGUCUUUAGGACACUAAAGUUUCAGGGGAUGCCUAAUUUGUUUCAGACAUAUGUUCAUGUGGGUUGCCUUAAUUGGAUUGAUAUCUCACCUGCAGAUCUUUUACAAAAUUAGUUCAUCAAACUUAUUUAUACCUUCUUAUUGAAAAACUGUCACAUAUGCUUAAACAUAUUUAGCAUGUCCGGCUCUCUCCUGACUAUGAUUUGGACCUUUCGCCUGCUUAGAAGUGGAUUCAAAACACUGACACAUGGAUUUUCAGUCCUUUGCUGUUCUCUAAAUGCUAUUUUCCUAAGUUCUUCUUGGAUACAAGCCAUGUGCCAUAGAAUCGUCUCAGUUUCCUACAUUGUGAUUUAUAACAUAGCGCUGCAGAGUGCCGGUCAAUUAUGUUGAAUAGAGGUACAGAUAAAUGGAAAGAUGUGAACUAUCACCAUUUGUAUGAUAACGUUUAGUUUUGUA